CAGCACAAAUUACAAUUUUCCCUCAUUUUCCUUCGUUUUCUUUCAUGGCAGUAUUUCAUGGAAACCAAACACCUCCAGACCACACUGUCUCCGUCACACUCUCCAGCCUACCAAGUUCUGCUCCGUGCUGGCCCACGUCUCAAACCCCUCCAACAAGUCCACGCCCACUUCAUUGUCUCCGGCUCGUAUCGCAGCCGAGCCCUCCUCACAAAGCUCCUCACCUUGGCUUGCACCGCUGGUUCCAUCCUCUACACUCGUCAGCUCUUCUUCUCCAUUACUAAUCCCGAUUCUUUCCUCUUCAAUGCUCUCAUUAAAGCCUCCUCAAAGUUUGGCUUCUCUCGCGAUGCUAUCCUCUUCUACCGCCGCAUGGUGGCAGAUUCUAUACCACAGUCGAAUUACACGUUCACAGCAGUGAUCAAGGCGUGUGCCGAUAUUUCGGCUUUGAGAAUCGGUAGACCCAUUCAUUCCCAUGUUUUCGUCUGUGGGUAUGACUCGGAUUCGUUUGUUCAGGCCGCUCUUAUCGCUUUCUAUGCAAAAUCUGGUGAUGUGGGUGAGGCUAAGAAAGUGUUUGACAGAAUGCCGGAGAGAACAGUUAUUGCCUGGAAUUCGAUGAUUUCUGGUUAUGACCAAAAUGGGUUUUCUAAAGAAGCGGUCGGAUUGUUUUAUCGGAUGCGGGAGUUUGGUGUAGAAUUCGAUUCAGCUACACUUGUAAGUGUAUUGUCCGCUUGCUCGCAGUUGGGGGCUCUUGAUUUAGGCUGUUGGGUGCAUGAUUACAUUGUUAAUAACAAUUUUGAUGUGAACGUGGUCCUUGGCACUUCCUUGAUUAAUAUGUAUACUAGGUGCGGAAAUGUGAGCAAAGCAAGGGAGGUUUUCGAUGAGAUGAAUGAGCGAAAUGUUGUUGCUUGGACGGCUAUGAUUUCCGGAUAUGGAAUGCAUGGUUAUGGCCGAGAAGCCAUCGAGCUUUUUCGCCUGAUGAGAAUUCAUGGGCCACCUCCAAAUGGCAUCACAUUUGUGGCUGUCCUGUCAGCUUGUGCUCACGCAGGGUUAGUCCAUGAAGGGCGCAAGGCCUUUGCAAGCAUGAGGCAAGACUACGGCCUGGUGCCCGGGGUGGAACAUCAUGUUUGCAUGGUUGACAUGCUUGGGCGUGCUGGAUUUCUGAAUGAAGCAUUUCAAUACAUCAAAGAUCUGAAACAGGGGGAGCAAGCACCUGCACUUUGGACUGCCAUGCUUGGGGCCUGCAAGAUGCACAAGAAUUUAGACCUUGGAAUGCAAGUUGCUGAGCAUCUUUUAGCCGCUGAACCCGAAAAUCCCAGCCAUUAUGUGUUGCUCUCAAAUGUAUAUGCAUUGGCUGGGCGAAUGGAACUAGUGGAAAUGGUUAGAAAUAUGAUGAUUCGAAAAGGCCUGAAGAAGCAAGUUGGCUAUAGCAUAAUAGAGGUGGGUCUGAAGUCCUAUUUGUUUAGCAUGGGUGACAGGUCUCAUCCAGAGACAACUGAAAUCUACAAGUAUUUAGAUGAAUUGAUGUUGAGGAGCAAAGAGGCAGGUUAUGUACCAGCCCCUGAGUCGGUGAUGCAUGAGUUGGAAGAAGAAGAAAGGGAAUAUGCCCUUAGAUACCACAGCGAAAAGCUUGCAAUAGCAUUUGGGCUGAUGAAAACUAGCCAUGGGAUGACUAUAAGGAUUGUGAAGAACCUUAGGAUGUGUGAGGAUUGUCAUUCAGCUAUUAAGUUCAUCUCACAUAUUGCAAAUAGAGAAAUUAUUGUUCGGGAUAAGCUUCGAUUUCACCAUUUCAAAAAUGGGUUAUGCUCUUGCCAGGAUUACUGGUGACGAACCCUAUUUGCUAGUCGAGGCUCAGCUGUGAACAAGUUUUUCAAGAUCGUUUACUGAAGAUAAAGGUUUAUGAACACAGUUUCAGACAAUAAUGCUGUUUCAUCUUCAAGGUAUGCUCAUGAUGUAUUUCUCUGUAUUCAAUUAUUCAUGUUAGAGAGAAAAAUCAAUAUUAUUACCUUUGCCAUCGAAUUCCACUAUAAAUCUUAAUCUCUGAUUUGAUUUUCUUAUGAGACAAUAGA